AUGGUCUUAAACCCUAAGGAUGUGCUUGGUUUGAGGAGCCAAGGUGGUCAUCUUCUUCCUCCUCUCUUCUCCUCUUCAACUUCUUCUCAUGACUCCACCACUGGGCCGGUUGCCCGCCCUCCCUCUUCUUUCUCCUCCUCGCAACGCCAGCCACAGCGACGACGACAUCCACAUAUUCUUCCUCCUUCUCCUCACAACGCCACCGCCGGAGAGACUGGCCCCUUCCUCUUCCUCCUCCUCGCGACUCUACAGCCGGACAGACCUCACGACGCCGCCAUCAGUGCUCGUCACUGCUCGUCCUCCUUGCAAUGCCGCUCUUCUACUUCUCCUCUCCUCGCCGGAGCUGCCUCCAAGCCACCCUUCUCCUCUCCCAUGGUCGCCUACAACACUUCACAUCAACCUUCAUCGUGGUGGUCAGUUCCUAAUCCACCUCAUGGUGUGCAUCCGAAAUUGAGCAGGCAUUCGAUAUACACUAUCAUGCACGCCCAAUCUUGAUCUGGUUUCUGAUCUGCUACUGUCGUAUGAUUCUGAUGUGGAUCGGGUCUUCGAGCCCGUGUUGUCAUUAUAU